UAAAUGCUCGCUGUUAUUGGUGUAUUCUUUUAGAUCAUCCAAUCAAACUUUAGAUCUAGAAGAAUACACCAAUAACAGCGAGCGCUCAUUCGAUUGCGGUCUGCUGAAAGCGGCCAUUGACAACUAUCAAUGCAACUUUUGAUUGGUUGUUUCCUCAUUUCUAAUAUAAAUGCGCCUUAAGAUCAUCAAGUUCCCACAUGUUCAACGAAUAACGAGCUUGGAUGUAUUCUAUUAUUAUUUGAAGCAAUUUGGAGACAGACUUAAACUAUUAGACGGUGUUAGAAAGCAAUGUUGCCUUUUUUUUAAAUAAAAAAGAUAUCAGCUUUUGAAUACACUUUCCAAAAAAGCGUUUUUUGGACAAACCUUUAUUAAAAUUAGAAUGCUAAGAACGACUAAGCGCAUCCAAACUCUUGAGUAUGAAACUAUUCACUUUCGAAAUAUAUAUCCUUUGAAACGUUUGAAACAAUUGGAACUUUGGUUGAUCAGCGUAGUGAUUGUUGAUAUCUGUUUGAAAUAGCCUCUCUCUCUCUCAUUGUUUUUAAAAGGUGAAACAGUUGAAGUUCCGCCACGUCGUGUGAAUGUUCAAUAAUCGUCUGUGAGUAAAAUAAUACCAGUUUUCCAGCAAGAGACACAAAUCGAUAGGAAUUGCUUUGCCUUUGUUUGAUAUUCAGAAGAAAGAAAGACAAAAUAAUGGUCUCUUGUUUCUCUUGUUUCCCAUGAAAAGUGACUUCAUGUAGGAUUUGCAAUUAAGAGACAUGAGUAAGAAUAUUAGUUAAACAAAAAAGUGAAAUCGAAUAAAAUGCACAUUUGCAUUAAACGAAAUCAUCUGCACUCAGUAGCAUGAAUUUUUUUAUUACAUAUAUGAGGGAGGAACAAUGGAGGACAAGGAGAUUAUCAAUGAGCCUAUAUAUGAAAAAAACUUCAUAGGUCACAAGGAUGCAAUAACAGCCUUAAGCUUUCAUCCAAAUGGUGAUCAACUAAUAUCAAGUAGUUUGGACAAGAAAAUAAUAUUAUGGCAUUUGAAAAAAGAUAAGCCAGCUUAUAAGUUUAUGGGCCACAAAGAGAGUAUCCUGGAUGUGUGCUAUUCACCACAUGGAGACCUUAUGGCCAGUGCUUCAAAAGAUAGAUCUGUGAGAAUUUGGACUCCUAAAAUUAAAGGACAUUCCUCAAAUUUUGUAGCUCACAGUUCUGCAGUAACAUCGAUACAGUUUAGUCCAAAUGGAGAAAAGUUGGUUACUGCAUCAAAUGACAAAACUAUAAAAGUAUGGUUAACACAUGAAAAAACUUUCUUCAAUUCAUUUGUUGGACAUACACAUUGGGUCAUGUGUGUCAAAUUUUCUCCCGAUGGAAGACUUUUGGUAUCAUGUAGUGAUGACAAAACGAUAAAAGUAUGGGACAAUAUCAGCGGAUUGUGUAUUAAAACUUAUAAUCAGCUAAAAGCUCCCGCUAGGUAUGUGGACUUUCAUCCAAGUGGAGCAACUAUUGGAUCAGCAAAUGUGGAUGGGUGUGUUAAAUUGUAUGAUUUAAGAACAGACUCUGUAUAUCAGCGAUAUAAUUCUCAUAAAAAGACUGUUAAUAUGAUUAAAUUCCAUCCAAAGGGACACUUUAUGUUAACAGCUUCUAGUGACUCUACAAUGAAGAUUUUAGAUUUACUAGAAGGCCGUCCAAUUUAUACUCUCAAGGGACCUACACACAAGACUGUCACAACAUCCAUAGCAUUUUCAAAUGAUGGUGAGUUUUUCGCUUCUGGCGGCACGGCUCAACAAAUUCUACUAUGGAAAUUUAAUUUGUAUACAAAUGUCCAAAACGGAGAGAUCCCCAAACAGUUAAUAUCUCCUAUCAUCAGAGAAAAAUCUGAUGAUGUGGAUGAAAAAUUGGACAGCAACGAACAUAAUGAAGAUGCACACAAGAAGCAAAACCAAGCGAAAUGUUUAUCAAACACAUCAGAAAAAUUGGAUUCAGAAUCAGACAGCAGUCAAGAACCGCUAACAAGACAAAUAAAACCGGAAGUGAUCAAUAUUAAGAACAUCAAACCUAUUCAAAGGACACGUAGCAAACGUGAUGUAGCAAACGUGCACGUUCCACAAGGUGAAAUAUUACAUGAUGUACCUUCUAACCAAUCCAUGAAAAAGAUAGAUGUACUCUGUGAUCAAGUACAAUUACUACAUCAAAGUAUUCAUAUGAUAGAACGACGCUUAAUAAGAUUAGAAGAGAGAUUUCAUAAAUUGAAUUUUGUAGCUUACAAUCAUUAACUUAUAAUUGUUAAUCACUCUUAACAAUAUGUAUAUAUGUAAUAUUGACAACUGGUUAAUUUUUCAAGCAGAAUUUCAAUUGAUACAGUAAAUGAUAUAUAUUAACUAUAAAUAUAAAUAAUUAUACACAAAAUAUCUCCUAAAAUAUUGUAUAUAUGUAUAUAGCCUACAUACAUAUAUAAAAAAAUAAUUGAAAAAUAAUUAGCAAAGUUUUUACCUUAACACAGUUCAAAUCGCGAAAGUCUAUUAAAUGAUCAUAGUAAGAUCUUAAUGCUAAAAUAAUGUUUCUUGUAUGAUUUUUUAAAUUCAUUUUCUAAUUCUUCGAACCGUGCGCUAUUACUUUCAAUCUCAAACACAACUCUUGAACUAAAUAAAAAAAAAAAAAGUAAUAU